ACAACAUAAUUUCCGGUUUCCGGUCAAAUUUUGUUUUCUUCUUUCGAAAUCGCAAUUUCGUGCGAUUUGUUGUGUUUUGAAGAUGCAGAACAUGAUAAAUGCAGUGAAAGGGUCCGCCCUUGGUGUAGCAGAGUAUUUCACACCGGUGCUGAAGGAUUCCAAAUUUAAAGAGACAGGAGUACUUACACCAGAAGAGUUUGUUGCCGCUGGAGAUCACAUGGUACAUCAUUGCCCUACAUGGCAGUGGGCAAAAGGAGAUGAAACUAAAAUAAAACCAUAUUUACCUCCAGAUAAACAAUUCCUUAUUACUAGAAAUGUUCCAUGCUACAAAAGAGUAAAACAAGUGGAUACCCAUCAAGAAGAACAAGAAAAAGUGAUAGAAGUAGAUGAGGAUGGAGGAUGGGUAGAUACACAUCAUUUUGCAGACCCAAAUGCAAGCUCCUUACAAGAUCAAGUUGCUGAAAUGACACUAGAUUCAAAGGACAGUAAAAAGGUCAGUAAUCCAGACGAUGAUGAUGAUGAUGGAGACGAGGAUGACGGAGACGCUAUGGACAUGGAAGAUUUUGAAAAAAGUGGGAUGUUAGAGGAGGAGGAUAAUGCCACAUUACAACCAGAAAAGUGUUCCCGACAAGACUCAGAACCUGGGGGAGAGAGUGGUAUAUUACAGACCAGAACCUAUGACCUCAAUAUAACAUAUGACAAAUAUUACCAAACGCCUAGGUUAUGGCUUUAUGGGUAUGAUGAAAAUAGAAAACCAUUAACUGUAGAACAAAUGUAUGAAGAUUUUAGUCAAGAUCAUGCAAAGAAAACAGUUACUAUGGAGACACAUCCGAAUUUACCAGGACCACCAAUGGCAUCAGUUCAUCCAUGCAGACAUGCUGAUGUUAUGAAGAAGAUAAUACAGAUGGUAGCAGAUGGAGGUGGGGAGUUAGGAGUACAUGUAUAUUUGAUGAUAUUUUUGAAGUUUGUACAAGCUGUGAUUCCAACGAUAGAAUAUGACUACACAAGACAUUUUACUAUGUGAUAAUUGAAUGUGCAAUUUAAUUUAUUGACCAAAGUGCUAUUAAUUGUUAUUGAUCAUCAUUCCUAUGAUAUGCCACAUAUCUAUGCUAUAUCAACAUGCUAUGUUAUGUCCUCCAAAUUUCAGUUCAAGGUUCUUGUUUUGUAUUCUUUUUCUUAAUUCUAAAGGGAAAAAAAAUAUGAAGAGAUCCUACUUUAUAACAAAAAGUUAGUAUUUAGGUAUAGAUUUAUCUAUAUCAUUUCAGAUAUUCAUAUUUAGACAAUAUUGGCUUUAGCACUUGUUGUUUGAAAUAAGACAUGAUGUUUUGGGUAUUAGGCAAAAAAUUAGGAGCAUUCAUGUCAGGGUUAUUAAAAAAAAAAAUGUAUGGGAUGGGGGUUGGAAAUCAGUUUUUUUAUACCCAACUACCCAUAAUUUUUAUUUCAUUUGUUCUCCCAUACAAUUUUUCUGGAAUAGCUCUUAUAAAAAUCACAAUCAUACUUUGCUCAAUAGGUGGACAUUAAGUAAUACUAAGAAGUAAGCUUGAUUACUUUACAUAUGUAGGUUUCGGUUAGGGAAGUUACUUUAUGAAUUCUCUUAUCAAUAUUAUUUUAUUUAUAUUUGGGAUGAGGUGCUUUGCUUUUAUUGGAUAGAGGGGAACUUUUUAUAUAAAGGUAACAAAUUGUCAGGGUGAUAUUUUAUAUGACUGUUCUGAAGGAGGAAGUACUGGUAUACUGUAUGAUCCCUGUCUGUCCAUCAGUGCAUAUGUCAGUCCAUCUCUUCAAUAAAAGUUCAAUUCAAAUAUUCAUAGGAACAACAAAUUAGAGCUUCUUGAAUUUUGGUUUCAAGCUUUAUGUUAGCAUGCACAUUCAGAUUCAUCCCUCCUCAAUUUCCUGUUUACUGGAUGCCUAUAUUUACUAAUACAUAAUGGCCAUGUACUAAAUUUCUAGGGAACUACUAAAAGAUGCCUUAAACUUUGUUUUCAAGCUUCAUGUGAAGAUGCAACACUGUGUGGUGCAUUUUUAUCUUCAUUGCUCUUCUUCAGCUUCAUGUUAACCAAAUACAUGACAGCUGAAGCAUUAUUAGUGAAAAAUAGCUCACAGUUUUACUUUUUACUCAUUAUUCUAUCUCUAUAUCGAAUGAAUGUUUUUGUUCUUUACAGGUCUCAUUCAAAGUUCAGAUCACUGUGUUCAAGUUUGUCUUUAUAUAAAUUUAUAGAUAUAGAUAUAGAUUGCUGUAUGUCUUUUUAUGGUGUUGUUGGGUUGAUGUCUCAUCUCCUUUUCUUUUCUUUGAACCAUUUAGUAGCUGCAGAAUCGUAGCUUUUAUGGUCCUUGGAUAUUUGAAAAAAAAUAUAUACAUGUUUCUGCCUACAGGUUAAUGAAAAUCUAUUCAAAAAAUUAUAUUCAAAAAGUGAAUCUAUAUACCAAAUUUACUAUUUUUUUGUUCUCAUUAUUGUGACUUUAUUUUUCCUGAGGCCUCUUUAACAGUGCCUUUUGUUCCUGUGACUUUUUUCUGUGACUUUUUUUAACCACAUUCAUUCAAUAACACUUGCUGCAAAACCUCCCUUUGGCAAGCAAUUCUAAUGAUAACAAAACCAAUUAAUGAUAUAGACAACAAAUUUAUAUCCAAGGACUUCUCUUUUGUACCAUACCAUCUUGUCUCCUACUAUAUUCGUUCUGUCUUCUGUUCCAGUAAUUAACUUUUAUCCUGCAAUACCAUUUACUGUGAGUGUUUUAAAGGAGGUUGCUAAAUGAAUGCUUUUGUAAUAUAUUUGAAUGGUGCCAAAUCCAAUGUUCUCAAUUUUAAUCCUCUUUAGUAGAUACAAUAAAAAAGUAAUAAGUUAAAUAAGCAAAAUGUAAAUUCCUACACAGUUUCCAGCUUCUACGUUGUGCCACCCCUAUUACAUUUUACAUGCCCAUCUUUCGGACCACUUAAUGUUAUGGUUGCUAGUUGAUGUUUGUCUUUCAAUUACUGACUCCCAUGCAUAUUAUUAGAAUUUUUAAUGUAGCCAAACAGAUGAUGGUAAAAUAUAGGUUAUUGUAUUGUAGUAAAUAAAUUGCAUGAUUUGUUGAAAAGUCCUUCAUACAUAUUAAAAUAGUAAUAGUCGUUAAGGUAUGGAUAUUUUAAGGUAAAGACCAAACACCAUACAUAUUUUGUUUUUAUUGCUACACUCUUUAAUUACAAAAUACUCUGAAAACUAUGUUUAUGGGAAAAGCAUGAAAUGUAGCACCCAUUGAUGUAUUUAUGUUCAAAAUUAAAUUAUCAACAAAAGUAAACUAUUGACAAAAGCAAAUGAUACCUAUUUUAAUGUUUCCAGUUUUUGUAACAACUGUGCAGAUGAUAAACAGCAAUAAAAGGAGUGUUCUGUUAUAUAUGAAGACCUGUAUGGGGGAUUUUCUUUUCUGUUUUCUCUCAUGAGAUGUUAUUAUUCUCAGUUAAAAUGUCAAUGCAAAGUUUUCAACGCCUAUGUGGUCUCAUGGAAGGGUGCUCAACUCAAGUGCGGUAGGUUGUGGGUUAUAUCCCUGUGGGGUAAGCUAAAGAAAUCAAAACUAGUAUUUGCUGCUUCUCUGUCAAAUGACUUAUAAGAGCAAAGACUGGUAGGCUCUCAGAGUCAGAAUAUUGUGUCAGGGUAGGGUGACAUAUAUCUUCUUGCAGACCUGGUGAAGUAGUUUAAAAUCCUGAUCAGGGUGUCGAUCUAAUACAAAUCAGGGUUCUUAUUCAUAUCACAAUAACAUGGAUUUAAUUUGUCCUGGACGUUAAACAGCCACCAACCCAUCCAUUGCAGAGUUUUGAGCACAAUCUAACACAAUAAUGUCGUACGAUACCACUGAUAGAAUGACGAGGUUUUCAGAUAAUUUUCAUAUGCUGUCUUUAACAUAUAUAAUUUGGUAUAAAACAUGUAUAAUGAAAGUUGAUGCAUGCUGGGUAUUAAAUCUUUGAUUAAAUGUAACAUUGUGUUUCCCAUCUUAGUCAUACCAUUUAGGAACAUGUUUAAUUCAUGUGAUUGAUCAUCGUACUAAUUCUGUCUCAUUUUGUAAGUUUCUUACUAUUAUAUGAAUGCUUGCAUUGGUAAAGCUGUUGAAAUGUAUUGAUAAUAAAUUACCAUAGUGUGUUAUAAAUACAAUUUGUUGUAAUCAUUGUAUGUAAUCACUGUAUCAAUUGGAACUGCUACAGGUAUACUGUUGUGUCUCAUAAAAUUCUAACUUGCUAUAUGGAAAUCGUAUAAAGAAAAAAAUAAGUAUGAUGAAGAUCGAGUAUGUAUGGUCAUAUUAUUGAGAACUUAAUGCAUAUAUAUGUUAUAAUUGGUUUUAAUAUUCACUAUAUGUAGUAACAUUUUUAUUUAUUUAUGACUGAUAAUAGAGACAUUCUAACCUGUUUUGAUGUUAAAUAAAUCAUUGUCCUAUA